AUGGCGCCCCCUUCAUCUCCAACUGACCACCACAUCGUGGCCCUGCAGGCCGACUUCAUCAAAAUCCCCGAAUUCCAACUUCCUGCCCCGUAUACUUGCACCACAACCCUCUACGGACAGACUUCGCUCUCUGAACUCCACGAACGCAUUCACGAUGCCUCGAUUUUGGUCCUAUCUGCGCUGCGGGUUGAUGCAGAGGCACUGUCUCCAGAGGUGACCCCUUAUCUCAAAUUAAUCGUGAUAGUGGCUGCGGGGACCGACUGUGUGGACCUGGAAGCGUGCAGAACGAGGGACAUUCUCGUGAGCAACUGUCCCGCGGCAAAUACCGAGGCUGUCUCGGAACAUGCGAUCGGAUUAUAUUUUUCAACCCGUCGGAGAGUCCUGCGUGCGCACACAUUAACCCGGGCUGGCGAGUGGCCCCGGAAAAAGACUCUGGUGUUUGAUUGUCUCAACCACGACGGAACACAUCCCCUGACCUGCCAGGAGGAGGUGGCCGGAAUUAUUGGAAAUGGCGCUGUUGGGAAACGGAUCGCCCAAUUGGCCCGCGGGCUGGGCAUGAAGGUGAUUAUUGCGGAGCGCAAACAACGUGGGGAUGCUAGCGCUCCGAUUCGGUCUGACAACGAACAAGGGAGAGUCGCGUUCGACGCAGUCAUCAAGCAGAGCACGGUACUUUUCAUCGCAGUCCCGCUGGCACCCUCUACGCGGAAUCUCCUUUCGACUGCCGAGUUUGAAGCCAUGUCGCCCCAUGCGGUCUUGGUCAAUGUGUCGAGAGGAGGAGUGGUGGAUGAAGAGGCACUGGUGCGGGCCUUGCAGAGAAACCAGAUCACCGGUGCUGCCACGGAUGUGUUUGCAAAGGAGCCUGCUGGACCGGAGAACUCCCCCUUGCUGGCCGAGGGGACUGAGGACCUGAACCUGGUUCUCACACCUCAUUUGGCAUGGGCCACGCAGCAGACGUUGGUGAACUAUGAGCGGCUGUUGAAGGAGACGGUGGAGAAGUGGCUGGUGGGCGAAUUCAUGAAUGUAGUAACGUGA